AUGGAAGCCUCAGAAGACAAGCUUGCUGUCCGGAUAUGGUCGCAUGAUCAAGGAUGGUCUAAUAAUGGCGUUGUCGACGAGAAUAACCCCUACGCCGACUCCUGGAGCUGGUUCUGCUUUGGCCAUGUGCACGAGGAUGCCGAGCCCGGAGACGACAGAUUCUCUGACGAGCAUCUGCACGAGUUCCAGACAAACCUUCGGGCCACGCCCACGCUGCAUUGCCACACGAACCAGUGGGAAAUCGGAGCCAUGGCUGAGGCGGAGCAUGAAAACGACGACCUUGGCAGAUUCCUGGCGUCUUUGACGCAGGCCCCGAGCUGUGAAAUUGGCAUAUUUCCUUUGGCACGAUAUCAGGGCUGGAGAAACUCAGUGUGGAAGAUGGAAGUUGAAACGGAUGCCAACCACUAUGGAAACUGGGAAACCAGCUCCCCAAGCGAAGUCAUCUUGCAUCAAAGCAGCAGUCACUUCAGGACGAGAAGAUACAUCAAAGAGGAUGAAGCCUUCAGCAUACGCAAAGAAGCCUUCAGCAACACCGAGACAAGUCACCUAGAACCGGUCAAUAUAACGGAUCCACAACUUGACUCAGGAGAAGCAGCCAUUGACUUGUUCAGACAGGCUGUCGCCGAGACUCCUCUCGCAGACCCGGGGCGAGCGGGAUUGCUGAACGAUCUUGCAAAGGUUCUGUGUCAACGCUUCCAGUACGUGGGUGUCAUGGAGGACCUGGAUGAGGCAAUCGGCUUGAUUCGGCAGGCUAUCGCGGCGACGCCUGUCGACGACAAGUUGAAACGAUGGAGCUAUCUGGGCAAUCUAGGAGCUAGUCUCGGGAUCCGUUUCGCUCGCACCAGCGCCUCUAAUGACCUGGAUGAGGCUAUCGUGACGAUCCGGCAGGCGUUGGCGGAAGGGCCCCCCAGGAACUCCAGCCGCCCGACAAGGCUAUGCAAUUUGGGAGAUUUGCUGCGCUGUCGCUACUCCCGCAAGAGCACCGUCGAGGACCUGGAAGAGGCUCUCCGAGUAGGCAGACAAGCCGUCGAGGAGGGGGGCUCUUACGACGAUAACCGAUGGAUGUUCGUGCGCGAGCUCGGAAAACAUCUGGCCGAUUAUUUUCAACUCAAGCACGAAAUAAAGGACCUAGAUGAAGCCAUCAGCAUCACCAGACAAGCCGUCGCCGAGAUUCCUUCCGACUAUGCUCUCCGAACGAUCCUGAUGGGCAAUCUUGGCAGCUAUCUUGACCAACGUUUCUCUGUCACCGAGGACAUUGAGGACCGCAACCAGUCAACGGAAUACUUCCGGGAGACCCUACGCUCCAUGAAAGGAUCAGCCCCUUGCCUCUACGCCGGUCGUCAGCUCCUUUCGAGGCCUGAUGCCCUCCAGCCAGGAGCUAACGGCUUCGAAGAUGCCCGCUUGGCGGUCAGCCUGAUUCCCAUCUCCGUCACCACCUGCCUCUCGGCCGACGAUAAGAAGCACCUUCUCUCCCGGGCUUUUGGCAUCGCGUCCAACGCUGCCGCCAUUGCUCUACACUCUGGCCAAGCUCCCAGAGUAGCUCUCGAGUUGGCGGAGACUGGGCGUGGACUCCUAGCCGGCAAUUUUUAUAAUCUGCGCACUGAUCUCUCGGAGCUGAGGGAGCAACGCCCGGAGAUGGCGGACAGCUUUGAGGCUCUACAACGGCUGCUUGAUGCGGCGGCUUCACGCAACCCGAUCAAGAUCGUGGGAGCCCCGGCCACCUGGUCUGUCCCAGACCGACGCCAUUUCGCCAGCAGGGUGAUGUCGAAGCUUCUGAUCAAAGUUCGCCGCGAGCCCGGGUUUGGUGCGUUUUUGAAACCCCCGACCGAAUAUGAAAUGUGCCAGGAGGCCGCGCUAGGUCCUAUCGUCGUCCUUAACGUGAGCCCUCACAGAUGCGACGCGCUCAUUAUCCAGGCAUCGGGCGUUAGCGCACUACACCUACCCGGCCUCACCCACAAAGCGAUUCAGAGUCGGGUCGCUAAUUUGCAGUCCACCGAGACUCUGAAAUGGCUCUGGGACGUCGUUGUUGGGCCCGUGCUCCAAGCCUUAGGCUUUACUGAUGUCCCGACGGCAGUGCCUUGGCCCCGUGUCUGGUGGAUUCCAACCGGCGCGCUGGGCAGGUUUCCGCUCCAUGCGGCCGGAUACCAUAUGGAUGGCAGCAAAAGGACGGCUCUCGACCGAGUUGUGUCGUCGUAUAGCUCAUCUAUCAAGACAAUCAUCCGGACCCGCCGGCUGCAAAGCCGGGGCCUAGGCGCAAAGACGAACGGAUCUGUCGUUGUCGUCUCGAUGAAUGAGACGCCGGGCCAGGGCCCUCUCAAGUACGCAGCCGACGAGAUCAGCGCCGUGCGGGUUAUGUGCUGUUCGGGCCCUCUACGCCUGCCGGUUCUCUCGCCGCCACCGCGCCGAGACGAGAUGGUUUCAGCCUUGGCGAACUGCACCAUCUUCCACUUUGCAGGCCAUGGGAGCCCGCGGUCGGAUCCACUGCAGAGCCUACUGUAUCUACAGGAUUGGGAACACAGCCCUCUGACGGUGGAAAAGCUCAUGGAGACUGGCCUCAGCGCGGCCUCGCCCUUUCUCGCCUACCUCUCGGCCUGCGCGACCGGGAAGAACCUAGACAAGGAGUCGGCCGACGAGAGCGUGCAUCUGACGAGCGCUUUCCAACUGGCCGGGUUCCGGCAUGUCAUUGGAACGCUUUGGGAAGUUAACGACCAUCUAUGUGUGGACAUGGCCAGGACGAUAUACGAGUCACUAGGGAAUAAUAGCACGCUGGACGAUGCCUCUGUCAGCACUGCUCUCCAUGAGGCUACCCGCGCGCUUCGAGAGAAAUGGCUGUGCGAGGAACGGCGGAGAGAAGAGCAGGCGGAGAAAAGAGAUGCGUCACUGAUAACUGUAGGCAAGAGAGUCGAGACAGUGUUCAGGACGCCGCUUUGGGUUCCCUAUGUUCAUUUUGGAGUUUAG